CAAAGUGCUUGAAAAAUCUAACUAUAUUUAAGUGAGAGUUUUCGAGUGUGAAAGCCAUCGAUCAAUGGCGUCUUCCAGGGAAUUCAAGGAAAAGAGAGCCGAGGCAGCCGCGAAGCUUGCGGCGUCGGAUCUCGAAGACGUUAACAGAGAGAGGGAGCAUGAAGAACAGGCUAAAAUGGAGAGAGAGGAGUCGCAACAGCAGCAGCAGCAAGAAGAGAGGCCGGGUGUUAUUGGGUCUGUGUUGAAGGCAGUUCACGAAACGUACGAGCAUGCGAAGGAAGCUGUUGUUGGGAAGAGUGAAGAAACUGCGGAGUCGACGAGGGAAACCUCAGAGAAUGCUGCCGAGAAAGCUAGGGAGACUAAGGAUUCUGCGGCAGAAAAGGGUAAGGAGUACAAGGAUUAUACAACUGAGAAGGCGAGGGAGACGACUGAGAGGGCGGCCGAAAAGGCGAGGGAGACAAAGGAGUCGGCAGCGGAGAAGGCAAAGGAGGCAAAGGAAAAGGCAGCAGAGUAUAAGGACUAUGCAGCGGAGAAGGCAAAGGAGACAAAGGACUCGGCACUGGGAAAGGCGGGGGAGUACAAGGACUACGCGGCGGAGAAGGCAAAGGAGGCGAAGGACAAGACGGUGGGGAAGGCAGGUGAGCACAAGGACUACACGGCGGAGAAGGCAAAGGAGGCGAAGGACAAGACGGUGGGGAAGGCAGGUGAGUACAAGGACUACACGGCGGAGAAGGCGAAUGAGACAAAGGAUUACACUGCCGAGAAAGCAAAAGAGGGGAAGGAUACUACGUUGGGUAAGCUUGGGGAGCUGAAAGAGUCGGCUGCUGAUGCUGCUCGAAGAGCCAUGGGUUUCUUGUCCGGAAAGAAAGAGGAAGCCAAGCAGAAGACGGAAGAAACCAAAGAGGCAACCAAGGAAAAGUUGAGCGAAGGGGAGGAGGAAGCGAGACGGAAGAUGGAAGAGUUGAAGGUGCGAGGCGAGGAGUACAAGGAUGAUGCUGACAGAAAGGACAAGGUCAAUGAAGGUCAUAGGGGGACCGCGGCUAAGGUUGUGGUGGAUGUGGAAGAGACCCGGCCGGGAUAUAUAGCUGCGAAGCUGAAAGAGGCUGACCAGAUGAGCGGCCAGACAUUCAACGAUCCGGGUCGUAUGGAUGAUCGUUUGGACCGUCAGGGCAAGAUGUGAUCAACCUACAUGCGCGCGCGGUACAGGGGGCUGUGGGUGAUCCUGUUAGGUGUUUUAUUUUUGCCCGUUUUGUCAGUGUAUUUUGCUGCUGUUUAUAUAGUUUCUUUGUUUGCC